AUGACCCGCAAUAAUCCCAUCGUGGAUUGCUAUCCAUCAUCCAAAAGCGCGAUCGACAUCCGGAUUCUCACACAUAACAUCCGCUACGCCACCGAGUCUCCAUUCAGAGGCGAAGAAUUGUGGAAAGUCAGAUGUCCCCGGCUCUGCUCGGAGCUCGUCUUCAACUCGGCUGAACCCUCAACCUUCAUCUGUCUCCAGGAAGUUCUCCACUCCCAGCUCUUGGACGUCCACAGUGCCCUCAACGGCUCUAAGACUUCCGAUGGAGAAUGGGCCUACAUUGGAAUCGGCCGUGACGACGGAAAGGAAGCCGGAGAAUACUCCCCCAUCUUCUACAGGCCCAGCAUCUGGCAACUGAAGAGCUGGGAAACCAAAUGGCUGAGUCCAACGCCCAACGUACCCUCGAAAGGAUGGGACGCUGGCAAUCCCAGGAUUGUCACUAUUGGACUAUUUAUCCACGCAGAGAGCGGACGGAAGGUUUCCGUCUUGUGUACACAUUUUGAUAACGAGGGUUCCCGGUCACGACGAGAGAGCGUCAAAAUCAUCCUAGAGGCGAUCGGCUCCCUGACCAGGUGCGAAGAUCCGUCCACUAUUUUGUUGGCGGGUGAUUUCAACAGCCCCCCUGAUGACGACGCAUACCAGAUCAUGACUUCACCGGAUUCAUCUAUGGAAGAUAUCUGCUUGCAGAUGCCAGAGUCGAAGCGGUACGGCGACGAGAUGACCUUUACCUCGUUCGGGUAUGUCGACAACGACCCGGUCCGGAUUGACUUUAUCUUCUCGAGAAAAGGCGACAAGGUCACAUAUCGCUCUUAUGCGGUACUGGCAAACCGUUUUGAUGAUGGGGUCUAUCUUUCCGAUCACAGAGCCUGCGUUGCCGAUGUUGUGUUGCAAACGACCUAG